UGACUGAUGGAACUGACAGCCUUCGAACUGCAAGUUUUUGUAGAUUGCAUAUUUUUAUAUUUUCAAAUGCGUAUUACGUAAAGUUUAUUUUUCAUUGCUCUCAAACAUAAAGCCAGCUAUAAUUAUUAGGUAUUAAGUUAAAAUGCAGGCCCUGACAAAAUUAGGAGCCUUCGCUCCAGCAGCAGUAAGAUCUGUGGUAAAAAAAGGAGCAAUUUCUCCCAUAGUAGAACAAUUACGACAAACUCAUUUACCUGCGCCAGACCCACGCGAAAACAGGCCUUAUUCGCCUUUUCAAAACACCACCAAUGCGGCAGAGUAUGCUGUUGCUAGACUAGAUGAUUUAUUAAACUGGGGAAGGAAAGGUUCGUUGUGGCCCAUGACAUUUGGACUGGCUUGUUGUGCGGUAGAGAUGAUGCACAUUGCUGCUCCACGCUAUGAUAUGGACAGAUAUGGUGUAGUGUUUCGAGCAUCACCUCGCCAAUCCGAUGUUAUGAUUGUAGCUGGUACCCUGACCAAUAAAAUGGCACCGGCUUUAAGGAAAGUAUAUGAUCAAAUGCCAGAUCCUAGAUGGGUCAUAUCUAUGGGCAGCUGUGCUAAUGGCGGUGGCUACUACCACUACUCUUACUCUGUAGUAAGAGGCUGUGACCGUAUCGUGCCUGUAGAUAUCUAUGUCCCUGGCUGUCCACCUACAGCUGAGGCUUUGCUCUAUGGUGUACUACAGUUGCAAAAGAAAGUGAAAAGAAUGAAGACAGUCCAGAUUUGGUAUAGGAAAUAAAUGUAAUUACAAACACUAAUUUAUGCAUAUUAAAUCGAAUCAAAGAAAAUGUUUGGUUUUAUUAUAGGUUCAAUAGAGAUUUUAUGUAAUAGCCGGUAGAUGGAAUCAGAUCAGUCUAUUAAAGUAGUGCAAGUGA